UUUGCUCAUUUUUUGUCACGUUAUAACCUACUUGAUAUAGUGCGUUCUUUCAGACGAACUAACUGGAGAAAAUGAGACUUCUGCUAGUAUUUUUGGCAGUAAUUGUCCUUGCUGAGGCUGUCCUCCCCAGCCUCUCCCCAUGUGGCAUGUGCCAAGACCUGGUCGGCUAUUUGAAAGGAAAGCUUGAAGGAGGAGUUGGCGAUGCUCGAAAGAUUGCAACCGAAUUCUGUGCGAAAAAGGCUCCAUUCAUUCUCCAGGGAGCAUGCAAGAGCCUCGUGGAGGACAGUACGAGCCGCAUUGUGGCACUAUUAAAGGAGAAGGCCGACGUGAAAGGAAUUUGCACUAAAAUCAAGUUGUGCAAAAACUAAAUCCAUAACGCUUCAAUAAAUCAUUCACGCACCU